AUGCCUAGUUUGACUGUUGCUGCAUCCUUGACUAGCGCCGAAGAUGACCCGAUGCUAGCUGUUCGAGGGAGCUUGCGCAACACGUACGAGUAUCAGCAACCUGCCCUUGAUUCAACCCAUGCAAAGAGACGACAACGACGGCAUUUGAAUCCGCCAUUCGACAGUCAUUUACGCCAGGCCCUCGAGCUUACGACGAAAUUAGACCUGCUUCUUGCGCAGCUUGAGCUCCUCGCGCCUCAUCAGGCGUGUCUGGUGGAUCUCUGGCUCUACUCUCCAACGCGACGCAUCAUGAUGCACCCGACACUGGGCGCGCCCCUCGCGGCCGCCCUCCUCGCCCUCCCCCAGCUGGCUUCUGCCUUCUACCUCCCCGGUGUUGCGCCAACGUCCUACGAGAAGGGGGAGAAGGUCCCGCUCAACGUAAACAGCAUCAAGCCCGUCGCCGCCAUUUCCGAUUCGAGGUUACACUCGGUCGUCUCGUACGAGUACUACCACCCUGCCUUCAAGUUCUGCCAGCCCGAAGAGGGGCCCCAAUCCGUUUCCGAGAGCCUAGGCAGCAUCCUCUUUGGGGAUCGUAUAAUGACGUCUCCUUUCGAGCUGCUGAUGCUCAAGGACGAAAAGUGCAAGCCUCUCUGUAUCAAGAAGUACCCGCCGCCCGCUGUCGGCUUCAUGAAGCGCCGCAUCGAGCAGGGCUACAGCCUCAACUGGCUCGUGGACGGUCUCCCUGCGGGCCAGCAGAUCCAGGACGACUUUACCAACACAACCUUUUACAACCCGGGGUUCCUCAUGGGCGGCGUUGAUGAAGACGGCAAUAUCGUCUUCAAUAAUCACUACGACAUCAACAUUGAGUACCACCCCGUCAGCGGAAGCACCAACCAGUAUCGCGUCGUCGGCGUCAUCGUUGAGCCCAGCUCGCGUGCCUACCCAAACUUGAUCGACUGCAACAACCCGAUGGACCCCAUCGUCUUCGAAGAAGAUGGCAGCGAGAAGGAGGUCAAAUUCUCUUACAGCGUCUACUGGACCAAGUCUGAAACCGCCUGGGCCACGCGCUGGGACAAGUAUCUUCAUGUCUUUGAUCCCAAGAUUCACUGGUUCUGGCUGAUCGACACUGCCAUCAUUGUCGUCAUCCUUAUCGGCACUGUGGCCUCGAUUCUGGUGCGCGCCCUGAAGAAGGACAUUGCGCGCUACAACCGCCUCGACCACAUCAACCUCGAUGACCUCUCGGGCACCGGUAUCGACGAAGACGAUGGCGUGCAGGAAGACUCUGGCUGGAAGUUGGUGCACGGCGAUGUGUUCCGCACCCCCAAGUACCCCCUGCUGCUUUCCGUACUGCUCGGCACUGGCGCCCAGCUGACCUACAAGGCCAUGCAGGGCGAGAAGUGGAAGGUCAACAUUGCCAUGACGCCGCUUCUCGUGCCCAGCAUUGUCUUCGCCUCCUUCUUCCUGCUUGACCUCUUCCUGUGGGCCAAGCAGUCCUCGGGCGCUGUUCCCCUGACCACCAUGCUCAUCAUAAUUCUCAUUUGGUUCAUCAUCUCGAUCCCGCUGUCCGUCGCUGGCUCGUGGCUCGGCUUCCGUGCCAGCGCCAUCGAGUCGCCCGUCCGCACCAACCAGAUCCCCCGUCAGGUGCCCCCUGUCACGACAUACCUCAAGCCCGUCCCUAGCAUGCUGAUCGUCGGUUUGCUGCCAUUUGGUGCCAUCUUCGUUGAGCUCUACUUUAUUAUGAGCUCAGUGUGGUUCAGCAGGAUCUAUUACAUGUUCGGCUUCCUCUUCCUUUCGUAUGGCUUGAUGGUCGUCACCUGCGCCGCCGUCACGAUCUUGAUGGUAUACUUUUUGCUCUGCGCCGAAAACUACCACUGGCAGUGGCGCUCCUUCCUCGCUGCCGGAACCUGUGGUGGCUACAUUUUCGCCAACUCGCUGCUCUACCUCGUCACCAAGCUCAAGCUGGGCAGCUUGGCCGGCGGCGUUCUCUACAUUGGCUACAGCGCGCUCAUUUCCUUCCUCUUCUUCAUCCUCACUGGAUCAAUUGGCUACUUUGCGAGCUGGUGGUUCGUGCGCAGGAUCUACGCUUCCAUCAAGAUUGAUUAG